AUGUCCACGAAAUUCAUCCUCACGGCGCAAAAGGACACGCUCCCCCCAGCCCCCGCCCUCUCUCUCCUCCCAUUCUCUCUCGGUCCCACCAACGCCCCCUAUAAAGCCACCGACGCGAACAUCAGUGGCUACUUUUGCCCCCGCCCUAUUGCUGCCCCGGUCGGUAACCAGAGCGAAGGCCAAGACGCGCACGCUGCUCAGAACCUACAAGCGACGUUCCGUGGGCGUCAACUUGUAGGCCAAGAGCUCGCGCUGCCCCCGUCGUACCGUGGUGUCAUUCUUUCUACCACGCUUCCACCCAACAAGGGCGGCACCGAAGACCACUCGGCUUCUCAUCAUACACCUCUUACCCCAGCCGCUUCUACUGCUUCUGUAGCACCAACAGAGGUGUCUGCAGAAGGGGAAGAAAAGCCCGUUACUGGUGAGAGUAGCAGCCGACACCAAAGAAAGAGCGUGUUAGCCAAAAUUAAAGGUGCCGGCCAGAUUGCCCUUUCGCGUCCUCGUAUCACGAGGUCCAAACGACCCGAACCCAAGAAGCGUGUCAGACUAGACUCUGACGACGAAGACGAGCUCGAGGUCCCAGUAGAGGAACCGAAAGAAGCAAAGAGGCCGCGCAUAAGUCCUUCGACGCCAGGCAAACCGCUCGACGUCCCAGAAAUCACCAUCGAAGAGCCUACUCCGCUCAAGGCGAGUACAUCUACGACUCCCUCAUCUUUGCGCCAGCUAAGAAGCGGUACUCCCACUGCUUCACCUCGUCCAUCUUCGGUGAUCGAGGGGGAACUGCCGAGCUUGACCGAAGAAGGCGAGGAAGGCGAUGAAGGAGCAGGCGACGGAGCCGACGCCGUCAGUGUCGAGGUGCAAGAAGUGGAAGAUCAGAAAGAGGACAUGGAAGAGCAGGUCAUUCCUUCUCCCGCUACAGAAGAUGCCCUCCCAACAACGCCCACCUUCAACGUCCCCCCGCCUCCCAUAGAGUCUCCUGACAAGGAGGCCGCCCGACUUGCUACCGCUACAGAAGAGGCGGUCAAGGAGGAGCACGAGGACGUGGAGAUGAAGGAGGAAGCGGAUGCUGAGGAAGCGUAUGGGGGUCCUGUGAGGCUCCUUCGUCCUACUGCGACUUUUGACAGAUUUGUCCUGUAUACUGGGGACGCGCCGCUGGCUGGUUUCAGAGCAGACGAACUGGAAGCAUCAUCUGCCCCCACUGAGCCGCCAGCCGAGUCACCCGAGUCAUCAGCACCUGCCCCUGCAGGUGAAUCAACGAUCGAUGGUGGCAUCCAAGUGAGGCCGUCUUGGUGGCGUCUUGGUGGAUCUGGUGAAGGUGGUGAUGAGUUUGUUCGAGGUAUGGGAGAGUGGUUAGGACUUGUUGAAAGUAUGAACAAGCCUGUCUAUUUGGAUGGUAUUGAGGAUGAUGACGAUGAGUAG